AUGUCGGUCGCAGAACUUCGCUUUAACCCCGACAAGAAUUCAGCAGGCGGUGCUCAUUUGGAGACCAAAUCUGGUUCGUACAUCUACUAUGGUGAUGCCGCAUCGUUUCAUGACUGGGAAUUCCGCACCCGCCUUCGCAUUCGUUUGUGGAAUGAAGGCAACAAGCGCAAGAACAAUUCUAGAAGGAGUGCACCAGCGACAACACCAAAGAAGGGUGACAUGCCCAAUGGAGGUACUGAGGAGGACGCUGAGCUCCCAGGUAGAAUCUUAGGCAUUUUCAGCGGUUUGGUUGAGUCCGAAUGUUCGUCGUCGCCUGACACCCUGACCCAGACUCGACUUCAUGAACUACUGCAAGAAGCUGCAUUCCGAGACCAGAUCUUGUUGGAGCAGGACCCAAUCGGAGAUGAGAUUGCCUGGGGCCUUCGGGACCCCGAACACAUAGGUCUUUCGAUGAUUUCGUUGACCGGGGGACUGAUUGAUGCCGCCCGAAGUGUCAUCGAAAGUUCCGCUGUUGCUACAUGGCUCGAAACGUUGCACGUUGCCACGAAUGAGUAUGAGGCCGCGUUCACUGGCCAAAGGUUCAGCAGGCAGAAGGAUGCGCAAGUUGCCAUUGACCUCGCACAGACACAGGUCUUGAUCGCGAGCAAAGGAUCUCGCUACGAACAGCCCUUGUAUCGAGGGGAAGUAGGGCGCAGGAAGCACUUCUCGAUCAUGGAGAAAUGCGUCGUCACCUACAGAAUGCGCGUGAUUUUGUGGAAAAAUACGCCCGUGGUGGCGGCUGCGUUGUCGAGUUUGGAUGUAGUGGCGGACGCCGCAGGUCCGCGCCAUCCAGAAACGGAUGAAGCAUGCACCAGUCGCCAUCCAGAAGACGAACGAGAUCAGAAGCUGAAGGAGUUGACAGCGAUCGCGCUCGAGGCGCGACUCCGGAAGGAGGUCACCGCUGCCAAGAAAGAAGAGUCCAGCGAAGAAGAGGAGCCCUUCACCGAAGGAGAGCCCCGUGUCGAGGAGCCCCGUGAAGAUCGCGCCGCUCCAUGCCAAGACAUUCGUCCAGGGCGUUCGACCAAGUAUGAGCACUCCGAUUGGGAGAACUGGAGUGACCGGGAAAGCAAAAGAGUUGACAAGAGCUGGAUUGAACCUUCAUGGACAAAACAGCGUGCAAGACCUCGUACACCAGAGAGUACAUCGAAGAGUACACCGCCGGUGCCACCUGUGCGAAAGACUGCAAUGUCUCAUGAUCCUUUGGAGGAUAUCCUGCAGGAGCCCAUUGUGAAGGAGAUCAAAGAAUGCAUGGACCAAGCCGGAUCCAGUCAAUCGGGUCUCUGGUCAAACAAGCAUUAUUCGCAGGUCGCAGUACGGGUCUAUGAUUCAAAUCCUACAGAGUUGACAAGUGCACACCUCGACGAACUUGUCGCAUUGGCCCGCCGCCACAAGAACCGUGAUCGAACUCUGUGGAUCGCAGAUGAUGAAUCACCGUCGUUGUGCGAUGGAGAAGAUCACCAAGGUGUUCGUGUGAACAUUCGCAUCAAGGGUGGUUGUCACACCACCUAUGUGCCUUUCAAUAGCCGCACCAUGAGUGGCUGGCUCAAGACCACGUUCGUUCGUGAGAGGAACAGCGACACUGAGCCGCCAGGACCUUGGUAUUUGGCUGAGCACAUGUUCAAGAUCGAUCGCCGCAAGAACCUUGACAACUCGUGGUCCGACAUGAUCACGUUCGCAUAUCCAGGGUCGAAUGCCGGAGGUGAGAAAGUUUUGCGCUCAGAUGCCAAGGAGAGUGACAAUGACUUUGACAUCUUGGAGGCCGGUCACGACUGUUGCAACUUCGAAGCAAUGAUAAAGACAUCUGGCAGAUUAGCCCUGAGACCUUUGGAGAAGUUCCUGAUGGAGAAGAAGAAGGAGAAGACGUCAGUGAAGACGGAGGUCGUGUACCAAUUCUUUGGGCGGCUUCAUAGCGUGUCCCAUGCACAGCUCUCCCUCAUAGGGUGGCCGGGCUCCAAUGGCUUGUGGGAGGAAGUUGGCCUCGGGGCUGAGGGUGAGUCGAUCACCUACGAACCCAACUUGCAGCAGAGGCGGAACAUGAUUCUUGACACUCGGCCCUUCCUGGUUUGUGCGAUGGACACUCCCAAAUGCCAUUGCUUCAAGGAGGUCAACUCGAGCGGCAGCUUUGCAGAGAUACGAUGCGAGUCAACCAAGGCGCGCGAGGAUUGCUGUCUGGGAGAUGUGGAAACCACCGGCUGGACGGAGAAUCAUGGUGGCUCUGACUUUCUCGUGGCCAUCAAUGAAACUGGGUCUUAUCAAUACCUCACAAAUGUCACAUCUUGGCAUUUCUCCAAUGGCCCACGCCUCACGAAUGCCAGCUACGACGGCCUCACCUCUGAUGGCGCAGUGCAGGUUCAGCGGCAGGUAAGCACCUGGGCCACGCAAGACUUUGCUCGACAUUUGCACUCUUUUCGCUACAAGGUCUUGAGGAAUGUCUCCUAUCCACGGUUUGCACUCUACGUCCUCGGAGCUGACUGGUACAACUUUGUAGCUGAUCCAAGCUUUAUCUAUGGUGACAUGAAUGGGCUGCACGGGAUGGCUUCGAAUCUCUCAGAGCAGCUGGAGCGAUACGAAUACUCCACGACCUUCAGACACAUGUCUUGCCCCUCGGGACUUGUACAAGGGACUUUCUUGUGA